UGGGAGUUUUCGUGUUAGGGUUUUGAGUUGCAGUUUGCGUGCAUUUCUCCACACUCGCCAGCGUUACUCAUCUAUAACACACGACAACGUUACGAUUCCUUCCUGGUUUCGUUUCGAACAACAUUUUCAUGCGAUACGGUCUGAAUUGUACCUCAGAUAGUAUCAUCUGCCAAAUCUUUCUGUGGCAUAGCAAAUUACAUUCAAACUAACCAAACUGCAAAAAGAAAGAGACUUAUUGACUUUAUUUGGCAAAAAUGACAGAAAUUCUCAGCUACACUGCUUGCAGACAGUUAUCUUCUAUGUUCCUUGCAAUAAUAUUCUUUCACGGUUCUGAAUAUUUUCUAGCACUUGUUAUUCAUGGGAGAUCAAGGGUAACUCUGAAGUCCUUUUUGAUUAGCAAAAACUAUCUUUUUGCAAUGAUCUUUUCGUUGCUGGAAUACAUUAUUGAGAUUGUGUUAUUCCCUGAGCUAAAGGAAUACUGGGUGAUCAGUGAUUUGGGCCUGGCAAUGGUUGUGAUUGGGGAAGUUAUAAGGAAGAUGGCAAUUAUAACAGCUGGGCAAGCCUUUACUCAUCUUAUAAAGGUUUAUCAUGAUGAGCAUCACCAGCUGAUCACUCAUGGUAUAUAUAGAUUUGUUCGUCAUCCGGGGUACUGUGGUUUCCUCAUUUGGUCUGUUGGCACUCAAAUAAUGCUCUGUAAUCCCAUAUCAACCAUUGCAUUUGCAGUUGUUGUCUGGCGCUUUUUUGCUAAAAGAAUACCUUAUGAAGAGUACUUUUUGAGGCAAUUUUUUGGAGCAAAGUAUGAAGAAUAUGCUCAACAAGUUAUGUCUGGGGUGCCAUUUGUGAAUUGAAGAUCGGUGCUCCAUUCAGUGAUCUGCAUUAUAUUCCUGUCACACUCAUUUGAAGUAAUCAAGAAAGUUUGGAUUGUUUUUCUCUCCAACAGCUUUGAGCCUUGCUUCACUUGGCUGGAGGUAUAAAGUGUUUGCUUUCUACCUUUGGCUAUGCAUCAACAACGUCGCUGACAAGAUCGCUGGCAAGUUGUUUCAUGUCAGUGAUAGGGGGAACAUGUUACCGCACUGGAUCCUUAAACAUGGAAUUCUUCUUACUCUUCACUAUUUUUUUGAAGGCACACUAUGAAGACGUUCCAUUGCCAUCAUGCUUUCAGCAAUUGAGGAUUUUUCUUUUCAUUUUUAUUUGCUUUUUUGUUUCUUUUUAGUUAUGAAGCAGUUAGAUUUAUCCAUAUUGACAAUUAGAUUUAUCAUUUUAUACCAACUUUUAUGUGCAAAUUUAUUAUAGAAGUAAAGCUUUUCUGUGUCAUUGGCUUGGCAUGUCUUGAAUAAAUGAAUGUUGA